AUGGCUGACCGCAAGGCUUUGAACCACUACUAUCCGCCGGAUUUCGAUCCGUCCAAGAUCCCGCGGCGCAAACAGCCCAAGGAGCAGCAGCAGACGGUGCGUUUGAUGGCGCCGUUUUCGAUGCGCUGCAACUCGUGCGCCGAGUACAUCUACAAGGGCCGCAAGUUCAACGCGCGCAAGGAGCUUGUGGUGGGACAAGACUACUACGGCAUCAAGAUCUUCCGCUUCUACAUCAAGUGCACGCGCUGCUCUGCCGAGAUCACAUUCAAGACCGACCCGAAGAACGCAGACUAUGUGGCGGAGCAUGGCGCGAGCCGCAACGUCGUUCCCAUGAAAGACGAUCGGGCUGAAGAGGGCGACGAGCUGCUGACGGAGGAAGAGAAGCUGGAGCGCAAGCUCGAGAAGAUGGAGGGCGAUCCGAUGAAGCAGCUCGAGGAGCGCACGCUCGACUCGCGGCGCGAGAUGGAGAUCAUGGAUGCCCUGCAGGAUAUCCGCACGCGCAAUGCAAGGCUCGAAAGAGUCGAUGCGGAUGCUGUACUAGCCAAGCUGCACGACAGGCUCAACGGCCCGAGCGGAAGCGUUGCGUCCUCCAGUGCCAUCGAGGAGCAGGCGCAGGCGCAGGCGGCGGAGGAGGAGGACGAAGCUCUCGUUCGCAAGUACUUUGGCAAGGCGCUCGACGGUCCGUCUUUGUCUGCGAAUGGCAGCGCCAGCGGCGUGACAGUCAAGCGCAAGCUGCUCGACGACCACGAGGCGGAGCCGGACGUGCACACGCUGCUGGCGCUCAAAGCGGCGUCCCAACCUAGCGCCGCGCCCACACCCUCCUCUGCGUCAGCGACACCAUCGGCAUCCGCAGCACCCGCGGCCAAGAAGAAGAAGAACGCACCCAACGCAUUCGGCCUCGUGCGCAAGAAGAAGUAG